AUGCUCCAAUUGCUAACUUCUGGACAGAAAAUCAAGUCUUUAACAAGACCGCCCGCGCCUCCGGGCGACGGGGCUGUCCGACAACCUCGCAAUCUCGAUCCAGCCCAUCACCCGUUCGAACGUGCUAGGGAGUAUACACGUGCUCUUAAUGCCGUCAAGAUGGAGCGUAUGUUUGCCUCGCCGUUUGUGGGACAACUGGGCGAGGGACAUGUGGACGGUGUCUACACCCUGGCGAAAGACCCGGGCUCGUUAGAGCGAUUCGCCAGCGGGAGCGGAGAUGGAGUAGUGAAAGUGUGGGACUUGACGAGCCGUGAGGAGGUAUGGAGCGCAAGAGCACAUGAAAACAUCGUCAGAGGCAUGUGCUGGACGCCAGAGCGCAAACUGCUCUCUUGCGCCACGGAUAAAACAAUCAAAGUCUGGGAUCCAUACAACGGCGAGAAGAAAGGCCUUCCGCUGGCAACCUAUCUCGGACAAGGCGCAUUCACCGACAUUUCACAUCACCGCGACCAGCCCUCCUUUGCUGCUUCUUCAAGUGUCAUUUCCAUCUACGACCUCUCGAGACCGUCUUCAGGACCCAGUCAAGUCCUUCGAUGGCCGACCUCUACCGACACCAUUACCGCCGUCUCUUUUAAUCAGACCGAAACCUCCAUACUCGCCUCCGCCGCGCUCGAUAGAGCCAUUGUGCUGUACGAUUUACGGACAUCGUCACCUCUGUCGAAAGUCGUGUUACGGCUCGCUUCGAAUGCCAUUUCUUGGAAUCCGAUGGAAGCGUUUAAUUUUGCAGCAGCUAAUGAAGACCAUAACAUCUACAUAUUUGAUAUGCGGAGACUGGACAGGGCUUUGAAUGUGCUGAAAGAUCAUGUGGCUGCCGUGAUGGAUGUCGAAUUCAGUCCUACCGGAGAAGAGUUGGUUAGUGCGUCGUAUGACCGGACUGUGAGACUGUGGAAUCGGGAUCGUGGUCACUCGAGGGACGUCUAUCACACCAAGCGCAUGCAGCGCGUGUUUUCAGCACGCUUUACUCCGGACAACAAAUAUGUAUUGUCUGGUUCGGAUGACGGCAAUGUCAGAAUUUGGCGAGUGAAUGCAUCUGAGAGAAGUGGUAUCAAAUCAGCAAGACAACGGCAGAAACUAGAAUAUGACCAAGCACUGGUGCGCCGGUAUGCACAUAUGCCAGAGAUCCGACGAAUCAAGCGCCAUCGACACGUGCCGAAGACCGUCAAGAAGGCUGCAGAGAUCAAGGGAGAAGAGGUCAAAUCAAUCAAAAGGAAAGAGGAGAACGUUCGGAAGCAUAGCAAGAAAGGCAGCAUGCCUCGCCAAAGCGAAAGAGAGAAGAUGAUCCUUGCGACUGAGAAGUGA